CAACAUAUUCUUUCUAAUUAAUCAAAUUACUUGGCAUUCUCUAAUGUGUAUUGAGCGUCUACAAAUGAUCCAAAACUAUGUUACAGCACAAAAUCAAGUGAGAGUGAACAAUUCAGCUCAUAAUGGCUCAACUAAAAAACAAAAGAUGCUUAGCGGUUUUAACAUAUAUUCUACUCGAUUGGUUUGACCUUUGCUUUUUUCGUAUAGUAUUUCACAUUCUCUCGUAGCAACAGAAGGCGGUAUUUCGAAGGGAUACAUAUGUUCUUGUUCGUAUUCAGCUUUAUUUCCUGUUUCCUGACUUCUAAUGCCCAGACAGAAGUUGGUGGCAUCAGAGCCAUACGCUUGGCUCCUAAAACCAGUCUUUAUCCUGAAGGGCGUGAUGGUGUUUUGGAAGUUAAUUACAACGGUACUUGGGGAACUAUUUGCAACAUUGGGUUCGACGAACUAGCGGCGUCAGUUGCAUGCUUUAUGCUUGGGCUUCCACCUCGCGGUGUCCCUAUAUUGAACAGCAUUCGUCGAAGUCCCAAUUCGUCUCCUCUGUUGUCGGAAUUCAAUUGCACUGGAAGAGUCCUUUUGACAUCUGGCCGUCUUAGCACUGCCACUACACAUUUAGGCGUUUGUUCCUUUACAACCGAGAUUCCCUCUACCUGUCUGGCAAAUAAUCGCCAGACUUCAAUAGUUUGUCUAGACCCUGCUGAGACGACAACUACAACUACUCCUGCUCCAAACUAUAUGACGUUGGCUCCAGUUAACUGUAACUCUUCUGAUUACUCGUCUAUUCGUUUGGUAGAUGGAACAAACAACGCUGGCCGAGUAGAAGUAAAACAUCCUCAAACAAAUCAAUGGGGUACAAUAUGUGCCGAUGGUUUUGAUUUACAUGCAGCACGUGCUCUUUGUCGAAUGUUAUGCACAAGCUCUGAUAAUCUACAGUAUGCUUAUCCAGUUUUAUACUUGUAUGGAAGUGCUUCCAAUUCAACACCGAUUCAUUUAUCACGUUUAGAGUGUCCAGUGAAUGCAUCAAGUUUAAAUGAUUGUAAAUUAGGUGGUGGUUGGGGUUCAGCACCUGGUUGUACACAUGGUAUGGAUGUUGGCUUACAAUGUGGACCACCGUCAGCUUCGGAAGAUCCAGAUUUUUAUCAACCUGUAUUCUAUUGUAAUCAAACAACAGCGAUAAUUAUCUAUGAUAAAUAUUAUAAUCCAGAUUUGAAUUCAAGUAUGAUUCGAUUAGAUCAAGAUCUAUUACCAAUUGAAUGUCAAUAUCAUGUAGAUGAUAAUACAACUCAUAUUAUAGCUUAUGUUCCACUUGUUGGUUGUGGUGGGAGUCUAACAUUGAGUAAUUCAACUUCCAUUGCAAUUAAAUUAAAUUUGCUUCGAGAAUAUUUAACACCAGAAAAUGGUAUUAUAUCAAAUUUACCAAUGAAAUUCACUGUGACCUGUUUAAUACCACGUUCAAAACAAAUUCAAUCGGAAGUUGUUGCUUCACCAAAUAUUACUACAAAUUUAUUAUAUCAAAGUGAGAGUGUUUUAUCAACAUUGAAAUUAUAUCGUGAUCAAUUAUUUACUGUCCAAUUACAACAACCUAUUACUAUUCCACCGGGGGAUAAAGUUUACGCUCUUGUUUCAUUGGUUAAUCCACAAAAAACAAGUAAAUUAAUAUUGGAGAACUGUUGGGCAACUGCUACACCUAAUCGUAAUUCAACAUUAAAACAAGAUUUAAUUGUUAAUAGAUGUGCUGCAUAUGAAGAUCUUACGGUUGUUCCAUCUUCAGCUACACAAGUUGGUUUCACAUUUAAUGCAUUUUAUUUAAAUACUGCCGGAUCAAUAGUUCCUAUCUAUUCAAAUCUUUAUCUACAUUGUGAUAUACGUGUAUGUGAUAUAAGAGAGAAUAAUGAAAAUUGUCAGCAGUAUUGUCAAUCAUCAAUAAUAUUUUCAACAUUAUCACCAUUAACUAUGCUAAACACAACAUCAACUGGUGUUCAAUCAGUGAAAAGAUAUAGACGUGAUUUAAAUUUUAUCAAUCCAAAAUUUCUUCAAUCACAUGGACAUAUUCAUGUUGAAAGUGGACAAGUUAUGACAGUGUAAUAACGAUAAGAUUCAUAUUAAUGAUAUAAAUCAAAUCAUUAUUCUAAUUAUGUACACAAGCUUUUACCGAUGGACCAAUCAUUCAAUUAUCAAUGAAUGAUUAUUCAUAUUCAAUACAAAUUAGUUAUUAAUUGAGACUUUUUAUACACGUUGUUUUUAUAUUGAAAAAACAAACAAACAGUAUUCUAAAUAAAACAAAACAAUACACCUUAUCAUAAAUUGUCUUAUUAUCUUCAUAGGGUAACUCAGUUUACAUUAAGUCUGAUUAUAGUUACCCGAUGUUUGUUUGUUUGCUCGUUUUUAUUUCCUUUUUUGUUAUAAAUAUUUAACCAGUUUGUUUGAAAUAAAUUUACCAUUUAAAUAAUACGUGUAUUUGUCUCUGGUUGAAAUCAUAGGUCAUUUGAAGCUAGGCCAUCAUGGAAAACCUGGAAGCGCCGAACGUUCGUUUCGUCCUAGUAUGGGACUCCUCAGCAGUGCGCAUCCACGAUCCCGCACUCCGCGAAAUUCGAACUCAGGACCUAUCAGUCCCGCGCCAGGCGCUUAACCAACUAGACAACUGAGCCGGCAUCCAACGGUGUUAAUGUCUAACUUCAACCAAUCCACUUGUAUUUGUGUUAUGUCCUUUGACCUGUCUACCCACUGUUGGUGCUGAGGAUACUUAUCUAAUCCAAAUUAAGACCUUGGCGCGAUAGACUGGCCGACCUAACCUUGAGGUUAGUACGCGUGAGUUCGAAAUGGGGUAGAGAGAAGAAAACUAUUCUAUCACCUGAUUGGCUGACAAGCAUACGAAUGAGAGAAGACAAGACAACUGGAACACUACUCGAUCUAUUCCCGAUUUCUCUGAUUUCAGAUUAGUGUAAAAACGUACAUGAAUAAAUAGGUGACUAACCCGACCACAACGUACAAUAAUUAGGGAAAAUACAAUUAUGUCCAAAGCUGGGAAUUAAAGUAGAAAAUAGGGUGCAAAAUAUUAUGUUUAAAUUACAAUAGAUUCGGAACAGAAAAGAAUAUAGGAGUGAAUCAUACAUCGAACGAAAGCUUAUGUUCUGUAGAAUAGAUUAGGGGCAAGAAUAAGUGUUAGUGUUUUACAAGCUUUGCAUAAAAUGAAAUAACGUCCCGAAAAAUAGCUUUCGUAGUUUGUCAGAGCUUCUUGUUUCCCUGUUCACAUAAAUUUGCUUGUCUCUGUUCUAUUCUACCUUUUCUUACUUUUGAGGAAAAAACAUAAUCUCUAAACAGUAUUCAAAUGUUAAAUAUUAUAAUACAGGUUCAAAUUUAAUUUCCCCUAGAUCAUAUCAUUUUAAGAAAUUACAGAACAUUAUACAUACAAGAGAAUAAUAUAAUUAUCAGUAUAGGAUUAUGGUGAUUGAUGAUUUCCAAUAGAGAUCAUGAACCGAUCAAUAUUAGACAACCACUGUAAACCUCGAUGCUGACUCAAUGGUUUAGAGACUAAGCGUUCUUGCCUGAGGUCCUAAAUUCGAGUCCUGAGUGUGGGAUCGUGGAUGUGCACAACUGAGGAGUCCUUUAAUAGGGCGAAAUGGGCAUCCAGUGCUUCCAGGUUUUCAAUCGUGGUUUGACACUAUUUGAUUCAUAAUCCCUAUUACAAUAGUAUAAUUUAAAAAUGAAUUUUACGUACAUUUAUAGCCUAAUAAAUAAAUGAAUCAUCAUUCAAGAGUUAAAUUAAGACAAAUAUGAAAUAUCACUAUUAAUUACUUAAAGUGAAAUAUUAGAUCAAUUUUAUUCUCUAAUAUGUAGUAUAUAUAAAUAACAAUGGGAAGAUACAAGUAAAACAACACCAAGUGAAUUUAAACUUCACCCAAUUUCACAAGCAGGACUCAGUAGCUGAGUAUAUAACGCGAUGGCCUUUGACGAGAACGGUACUAGGUUUGAGUCCCGGAGUGAACAUCAACUCUGGGAUGUAGGUACAUCCAACUGACAAGUCCCAAACAGGACGAAACGCGCAUCCUGGAUUUCACUGCUAACCACUAUCCAUCUUUGCUUAAAAAGCUUGUGACUUAAGGCUAUAUCGAUGCAAUCUGUACAGGAUGUACAUAUACCAACAUGAGGCUGAUCAAUUGCAGUCCUAAAUAACGAUAGAAAGAUACAAGUAAAACAACAAGUGGAUCUAUUAAGUAUGGUGUAUUUAGUUUUUCGGAUCUCAUUUCAUUCAUUUAAUGAAUGAUUGUCAUAUAAUAGAGUGCGAUUUCUUUCUUUUUUUUUACCAAAGACUUCAUGUAUUUGAUUAAGUCAUUUCCAACUAUCCUUUAUAAAUGUACCAUCGUAGUGCAGCUUACCAUUCUGGAUGUGAAUAAAAAAUAUACUGAAAUCUUUAAUGGAACGAAUAUUUUAUUAUACAACACUUAUUAUAUGACUAAAAAGAACUUGAAUACAACAACACAUUGAGAAUAAUCUCAACUUAGAAAAAUAACAUGUGAACCGUAUGAAAUCGUAUGAAUGUUUGUUAUCGCCUAUUCUCGUAUAUAAUCAUCGACUUUAAUCGCGUUAGUCAAUAACGGAUUUAGAUAAGUCAAAUAACGAGAAUGGACUUUCGAAUACAUAUAUUUUGUAUAUGAAACGAAUAGAGAGAAGAGAAACGACGCAGAGUGGAGAUGGAUGGUAAGCCAACUCCAUUUCUAGCCAGGCGUUACGCAAUAUUUAUAGGCAAACAAAAUAAACUACAUACAUGUGAUGAGACAUCGGAUAUGAAGUGUACACACAUAUACGUUCAUACAAAAACAGUCAAGACUGAUAAGUGAAUAAUUAACAAGGUCAAAAUACGACUCAAGUAGAAUGAAUAGAAUGGAAUUUCCAGAAGCUAGAAUAAGGUAUAUGGGCUUAACAACAUAACCGACACUACAUCCUAAUGUGUACAAAUUUAUUAUCCUAAAAAACUGAUGGAUUGUUUUAAUCAAGUGUUUUUUCUUUUCAAUAAUCAAGUUAUUCUUUAGUAAAAUUAUCAAUAUUUAUUAACUGAGAAAAAUACUUAUUUUCACAAUAGUAUACAGUUAACUGGUAUCAACCAUAGUCUGAAAACAUAUUUGUAGAAGAACAUAUACAAUUACAUUGUGUGUUAUGAAUACAUUUGCAGUAAGGAAACAGAUUUCCCAAUCUCUAUAAACUAUUGUACAG